UUCCUAUUCGGAGUGUCUGACCCGCGGUGGGCGAGUUGGGGUGUGUCUGCGAACGAAGAGGGCGUACGUUUCAGACACCGUGUAGGUUACACAACAUGACUUAACGGAGAAUAAAAUUCUGCAAAAUCAUAAAUUGACACGACUCAAGAGUCUGACACGUUUGUUCGCCAGUUCGGAGAGAGAGCCUGGAACCAUGAAAAAAUCGAGCCCGGCAAAGCAGCAACCACCACCAGCUGAAGUCGCGGUGCCAGGGGACGAGGUUACCGUGCAACAACUGAACGAGCUUUUGUCAAACAGCAGCGGAUUUUACAGUUUACCAACACAGCAUUUCAACGAGGUUUUCCCUAGAAUAUACGUUGGUAACGCGUUUGUGGGCCAGAAUCUGAUGCGUCUGCAGAAGCUGGGUGUGACCCACAUCCUGAAUGUGGCGGAAGGCAACUCCUUUAUGCACGUCAACACCAAUGCAGAUUUCUACGCUGGCUCGGGCAUCACCUACCAUGGCAUCCAGGCCAAUGACAAGCCGCAGUUCAACCUCGGUAACUUUUUUGAGGAGGGGGCGGACUUUAUUGAGAAGGCUCUGGCACACAACAAUGGCAAAGGGAAGGUGUAUGUCCACUGCCGAGAGGGCUACAGCCGCUCGCCCACCAUUGUCAUCGCUUACCUCAUGCUGCGCCACAAGCUGGACGCCCGGGUGGCGGUCGCCACAGUGAGGCUCAAGAGAGCGAUCGGCCCCAAUGACGGCUUCCUGCGCCAGCUGUGCCAACUCAACGAGACGCUGGCAAAGGAGGGCAAGUUGAAUGGGGUGAUGCCAGUCGUGGUGGCCAAGUUGAAGACCAAAUAAGAGAGCGAGAGAGUGACUUAACGCCUUCUAUAGGCCUGUGCUCCCCUAAGACCCAACCGGACUCAAUCCACCCUGGUCAGCAACACAUCACUCAGACACACAUGCACACACGUACAUCCACAACCUGUAACAUGCAUGCAUAUACAUAUAGUACUGUGAAAGUAUUUGCUCCCUUUCUAAUUUUCUCGACUUUUACUUAUUUUUUAUACGGAAUGUUAGCAGAGCUUCAACCUAAGAUUAGAUAAAGGGACCCGGAGUGAACAAAUACCACAACAAUUACAUACUUAUUUCAUUAACAAAGUUAUGCAACACCCAAUGCCCCUGUGGGGGGGGAAGUAAUUGCCCCCUUUCCCCCUAGGACUUACCCUCUGCAGGUACUCUGCUCGGGCUUACCUUCCGUGACUUACCAAAUAUCUUAAAUCUACAAUCGGUCGUGAUCCAAUGGGACUACUGAAUAAGCUCAGGCUUUCUAGGUUCGAAUCCUAUAAUUGUCUCAGCCUACGACUCAUCUCCACAAGAUGUCAGAAUGGGUGAUAACAGGUGUAGGAACUGUGCCUAUUUUGUUUUUGGUGCCGGCUCCUGUUUCCUGAUUCGGACUCUCUAUUUGGACUGUAAAUCGUGGUUGACCCUGCUUGCAGCGCCAGCUGUUAGGCUCUACAAUAGAGUAAAGCUCACAGAUGACUAGUAAAAGCUCAAACCAGGUUUAUUCACCCACUGGGUCACACAGCUGCAUAAGACGGACGUGUUUCCUCCAGCACAAGUAUUUCUAUCCUCCCCUUUAGGACGGAGUCUCCUUUUCCCUAAACAUCGUUUUUGGGUGGGAAAGUAAGUGAUCUGGGUAAUAAAUGGUUCCCUCUCACUUCAUGUGACCUGACCUCGGGCCCCCAUUUUCCCUCCUCUAAUCCACAGCUCGCCACCCUUAUCAGUGACCGCAACCAUGCGAUUUCCUUUUCCCUCACUUAGUGACAUUCCAAGCUCCUGGCUCUUAUCCAACCUCCAUUGACCCUACCAUUCCUACAUAUACCCAUUUAACUUCUGGCCUAGCUUUAACAGACGGAUGGCCUGACGUUCUCCUCUAGAACCUCAUGCCAACGGGUGAAGCGUGGCGGUAGUAAUGUGAUGGUUUAGGGAUUCCUCCACAGCGAUGAGAGACUGACCAACAACUACAGGAAGCAUUUGGUUGCGCACAUACGCUAUAGGUGGCACAACCAGUUAUUGAGUGUAAGGGCGCAACACAAGGGAAUUUAAAAAAAAAAAAAAACAUAAAAAAAAAAAUUGGAUAAGUUAUUAGUAUACUCGCGUAUUAGGUUUUGAAGAUCUGAGAACAUUCCGUAUAAAAAAUAGGCAAACGUUUUGAAAAUCAAAAAGGGGUUUUCACGGCACUGUACAUGCAUGCAUACAUGUUGAGUCACACACACUAACUCUCUCUCUUGACACAAACUGUAUCUGUCAUGCUGCUGUCCUCUUUCUCUGCCGGUAUUCUUGGGUACAUCUGUCCCAACAGCGGGGGAGUUGUGUUAGGUAGAGGAGAGAUGGAAGCCUUCUAACCAUGGCUCAGUGCUUUAACGUAUAUUCUGUCACCCCAUCUCUCUCUAUAUUCCAAUAACAUACAUGCCACUGCUAGUACAUACAGCCCUAAAGUUCUCCUAGUGUGAGGUUUUGACCUGACCAAUGAAGCAUUCCCUAGACCAUAGGUUUAGAACACUGGACAGCUCUCCCUGUGUGCCACUUUUGGAGCUCUUAGGUACAAAUAAUAGAUUAGAGCACCAUAUUUUCAUAGUAUCCCACUGCCAGGGCUGUCUGACUACAAUGAUGUCAUGACACCAACAAAAUGAUCCCUGACCAGUCUGGAAUGUUUUGACAGCCACGGGUUCAUUUGGUCUAGUCCAGUGGUUCCCAAACGUUUUAUAGUCCCGUACCCCUUCAAACGUUCAACCUCCAGCUGCGUACCCCCUCUAGCACCAGGGUCCGCGCACUCUCAAAUGUGUCUCAAAUAGUUUUUUUGUUGUUGCCAUCAUUGUAAGCCCGCCACACACUAUGAUUUUUUUAAACAUAAGAAUGAGUGAGUUUUUGUCACAAUCUGGCUCGUAGGAAGUGACAAAGAUCUCUUUUAUAGGACCAGGGCAAUAAUAAUUAAUAAUAAUAAUUUUGCUCUUUAACAUCUUACAUAUAAAACCAUUUUAUUUAUUUUUAAUUUUACCCCCUUUUCUCCCCAAUUUCGUGGUAUCCAAUUGUUUAGGAGCUACUAUCUAUUAUAAAACCAUAUUUGUUAUUUGAAAAUUGUGAAUAACUCACCAAGGGUUAAUGAGAAGGGUGUGCUUGAAAGGAUGCACUUAACUCUGCAAUGUUGGGUUGUAUUGGAGAGUCUGUCUUAAAUCCUUUUCCACACAGUCUGUAUUUAGUUUUCAUGCUAGUAAGGGCCGAGAAUACACUCACAUAGGUACGUGGUUGCAUAGGGCAUCAGUGUCUUAACAGUGUGAUUUGCCAAGGCAGGAUACUCUGAGCGCAGCCCAAUCCAGAAAUCUGGCAGUGGCUUCUGAUUUUAAAUUACAUUUUCACACAACCACUUGUUGCAAUUUUGAGGCUCUCUUGUUCAGAUAUCGGUAAGUGGACUGGAGGCAGGGUAUGAAAGGGAUAAACUGGAUUCGAUAUCAGUUUUGGGAAAGUACCUGCGUAAUUGAGCACCCAACUGAGGUGCUUCGCUAUAUCACAUUUGACAUUGUCCGUAGCUUAAGUACAUUUGCACACAGAAAAUCAUACAAUGAUGUAAAGACCUGUGUGUUGUCCUUGUUAAUGCAGACAGGGAAGAGCUCCAACUUCUUAAUUAUAGUCUCGAUUUUUGUCCCACACAUUGAAUAAAGUUGCGGAGAGUCCCUGUAAUCCUAGAUUGAGGCGAGGGGGGGAAAAAUCGUCCAGAUAGGUCAGUCUUGAGAAACUCGUCAUCAUGCAAGCGGUCAGACAAGUGAAAAUUAUGGUCAGUUAAUUUUAAGCUCUUCUCUCAAUAAAAAAAAGUGUCAAUACUUUGCCCCUGAUAACCAGCACACUUCUGUAUGUUGUAAAAGUGUUACACGGUCGCUACCCAUAUCAUUGCAUAGUGCAGAAAAUACAGGAGAGUUCAGGGUCCUUGCUUUAACAAAGUUAGCCAUUUGUACCCAAGUGGCGUCAGGAGCAACUGCUUGCACACGUGUUACCACUCCACUAUGUCUCCCUGUCUUGGUUUUUGCACCAUCCGUACAGAUACCAACACAUCUUGACCACAAGUCCAUUUGAUGUAACAAAACUGUCCAAUACUUUAAAAAUAUCCUCUCCUGUUGUCCUGGUUUACAGUGGUUUGCAGAAGAGGAUGUCUUCUUUAAUUGACCCCCCCCCCAGUAAAUGUAACAGACCUAUACCAGGAGCUGUGCCAGGCCUGCCAAAUCUGACUCAUCCAGCUGUAACUCACAUAAUUCACGGGCUUGUAUGCGAAGCAGCAAUUGUUUCAAAACAUCUCCUGCCAUGUCACUGAUGCGUCGUGAAACAGUGUUUGAUGAAGGCAUUGACUGUAUAGUUUUUUUGGGGGGCCUUUUCCCCCAGCAUUGUCCCAGCCAUAUCCGUGGCAGCAGGAAGAAUUCAGUCCUCCACAAUAGUAUGGAGCUUGCCUGUCCUAGCCACUCAGUAGCUCACCAUAUACGACGCUUCUAGCCCCUUCUUAUUAAUGGGAUAUGUUGCUUUUUAUACAUGUCUUACUACUCAAAAGUCAUCUUAAUUCUUGCUCCAAAAACUCCUGUAGCUUUUAAAAUUGGCAUGUUUUUUUGUUUCUAAAUGUCUGUGCAAGAGUAAAGGUUUCAUUGAGUUGUGAGAGUACUUUGGCACAUAUAACACACUGUCUGAGGAAAGGCACUACUCCCAAUAUUAGUGAACCCCAAAUCAAUGUAGUUCUCAUCGAUGGUCCAACAUCCCUGUCUGUUCGGUGCUUUCCCGGAGAAGGGGGCAGUAGCUCUUCGGCUGCAUCAGAAUUACAACUGUCAGUGUCCAUGCUAGCUGGACUACAACAUGUAGAAUUAUUGACGCUAGCUUUGGAUUUGCUCGUGGAAGCAGAACAACUUGUGUUGUCGACAGGUGCAGGUGUAGUACUGCUGGAAGUAGCAGUACUUCCAGUAGAGCUGGUAUGUGUCUCUAUGGACACUGGCCUUUAAAUUGUUUUGUUUUUUUACCCCCUUUUCUCCCCAAUUUCGUGGUAUCCAAUUGUUAGUAGCUAGUAUCUUGUCUCAUUGCUACAACUCCCGUACGGGUUCGUGAGAGAAGGUCGAAAGCCAUGCGUCCUCUGAAACACAACCCAACCAAGCCGCACUGCUUCUUAACACAGUGCGCAUCCAACCCGGAAGCCAGCCACACCAAUGUGUCGGAGGAAACACACUGCGCCCGGCCCGCCACACGAGUCGCUAGUGCGCGAUGAGACAAGGAUAUCCCUACCGGCCAAACCCUCCCUAACACAGACGACGCUAGGCCAAUUGUGCAUCGCCCCAUGGACCUCCCGGUCACGGCCGGCUGCGACAGAGCCUGGGCGCGAACCCAGAGUUUCUGGUGACUCAGCCCUAGACCACUGCACACCCGUGGGGCCCCACUGGCCUUUAUUUAUUUUUAACCAUUUACCAAUUUUCAAGCAAACGGAAUGAGCUGCAGCUACGUUUGACUACAUACGGGCUGAUAGUGGAAUUCCCUCAACGGUUAAUUAUUUGACUUGGCUACCUGUAUUUGACUUUGUUAUUUCGCUCAACGCUAGGUGGUUUAAUUAGAUUUUUAUGGCUGCGUUGGAAAAUAUAAAUAUACUUUUUAAUGUGAAUCACAUUUUUAUUUGCCGUACCCUCGACGGCGUUACGCGUACGUACCUCUGGGGGUACAUGUACCCCAGUUUGGGAAUACCUGGUCUAGACUUCCUGAUUGGGUGUGACAGCGAAGCACCUUGCCAUCACACCAGGAAGUGACAAAUUUAGUGUUGGCUGGACUAAUUUGGUAUAUCAACAAAUCAUUCCAUAGAGAAAGGUCUGGUAUCAGCUAAAGGAAUACGCACUUACUGUGCAAGAGUUACCACCUAUUAAUUCCAUAGUACACAUCCGUUCUGUCCGUCCCAUAGAUCUACAGUUCCGCUGUCGAUCAACGUCACUCACAGAAAUUCCAAUUGGCCCUUACAUGUUCACUGCCUUGUACCAAAAUAUGUGUAUGCUAAUGUUAUGUCUCUUUUGGCUUAAAUAACUCAAUGCCCUACCAUCCUAUUAAAGUAUAUUGUAUGAUCGAAUCCAAGAUAUAAACGUCACCCCUCAGAUAUCCGGUGUUGCCUUUUGACUUGACGCCAUCUUAAAAAGUGAAAGACAGACAUUGGAUCCAGGCAUCGAGUCCUAAUGACCAGCAUCACUCCAUUUUGGACAUGAUGCACUAAAGAGGGUUCUAGAACCGUUUUGUUCACCCUGUUCGUCCCAUGUGUCAAAUCGGAUAACGCUCACCAUAGAGGUCUACUGACUUAUUGGUGCGUCCACGGAUGGAAGGAAUAGAAGUGGGAUUAGUUCUAGGUUGCUCACACAGCACUAUCUAUUGCUCCUUUUUUAAAUAUAAAUAUGAAUCAUGUGUGUAUAUACAUAAUUAAGCAACGUGUCUAUAAUGUGUCGGUAUCAUUUAGUACAUGUGUUUAAUUGUUAUACUGUAUCAUUACUGUAGCUCUAUAAAUGAAUUGCCCCAUAAAUUCAACAUUUACACAUUUAGUUUUUCUGUCCAAUGUUAGAUCACUCAAUCCUCCCACCACUAACUCCUCUACAUUUCCCUUCUAUUCCAAUAUCUGGAUUUUAAAAGAUGCUUUCGUGCAUUUUUCGAUCUGUUUUGUUGAGGAUAUAAGAUGGAGUGAUUUUGUAGAUCUAUUUUGAUUAGUAUCGAUUCUGUGACUCCCAUGGUGCUAACUAAUAGGAUGUUCUCUAACACUGAUGCUCUGACCCCAAGUUGCCUCGUAACACCAACCAUCAUUCACGCAUCACACACUACCAUUCAUAACCACUAUCACGCCAAAAUCGCAAACUUUUUUGUUUGUUUUAAAAUGGAUUCAUUAGGGAAAAACAAAGCGAUAGUCCAGACAUGUCUAACGUUCCUGUAUGAUCUGAAGACCUAGGAUAUCUACAACCUAACCUACUGUAGUUACUGAGACCCUUUUGCCAUCAAUACAAACAUACAGUGUGUCAAGAUGUUCUGUUCCAAGCAACCUACUGGUUACAAUGCAAAUUAAUGGCUUGGUAAUGUGAAAGGAGUGUUGUCUAUCUUGUUCUAAUAGGUCUUUUCCUAUCAGGUCCAUAUGUCUGUUUUCCUACUGAACAACGAUAGGCACUACAAUAGACACUAUUAGAUACCGUAUUGAUUACCAAUUUAAAGGUUCAGUUAUUCAACCCAUUGGGAGAAUUUCUGGCUAUUGGUCUCAGAUGAGGGUAAAAAACAUAAACAAAAAACAGCAUUAACUGCCUGCCUACAGUUUACAGAUUGAUUAUCCAUUUUUACCACAAAUUAGGUUAAAUGGUUAACUUUAUAACAAACAAGGGGUUGUAAAAUACAUUGAACCAGCUCCAUAGGUCAGCAUCAAACACACUCUUCUGUUAGUGUUGAAGGAUAAACACUGCCCCCUGCUGUUUAAAAUGAUUCCAGUGGUUUUUGCACCACUUAUUCUGUUAACUGCCAUGAAGUUGAAUUUUUUAUUUAUUUGCAAAUUAUCAUUAGUCCUGGUUUUCUGUCUAUUAUACAGUUGUACGUAUUGUGAAACAUGUAUUGACCUGGGACUAUUUUUCUUGUCUGUUUUGAAUAACGUGUGCCAUGAAAUGUAAUUUAUGUGCUGUAAAUUCACUCUUGAAUUUAAUAUACAAUUGAAAGAUUAAUGUAACAUCUCUGUGCUUAUGGUUCUGCUAUGUGAUAUUACUCUACUGUAUAUUACGAUAUGAGAGAGAUCUAAGUUGCAGUAAUUGCGCUCUGGCUAUUGUGAGCCACUGUAUUUUACAAUCACAAAAGGUAUUUAAUCAGCCCUAUAGUAAUAUAUAAUUGUGUACCAGUAUCUUGUUUCUAGUUAUUUCUCUGUACUAAUAAAUGCUGCUGUUUUUAUUAUUCGUAAACACUUCAUAUUCCAGCACCCAGCCUUCCCUAAGUCACCCUUCACUUUCACUGAAGGUUUCCAGCCCAAACUGAUUUACCUUGGGUUUCAGACAGACUUAAAUGUCACUUGACUUUUUCCUACUCCACGUUGCCAUCGGUGACAUCCGUGCUCCCUCCAUUCUGUUCAGGCAUUAUGGUGUAGUUGGAGAUUUGCCACAAAUGACCCCCACACUGCCUGGCUUCCACACCCCAGUUAUCCUCUCACGUUCUCACAACGUUACAUUCGUGUAGUAUUGGUUUGUUGGGUUAAUUUCCUUUACAUACUAACGGUUAGCGGGCACUGCCUGGAGAAGGAGCAGGAAACUCAUCACAGGAAAUGCAUCAUGACGGUAAUGACACCGAAUCCCACCCAAAAGCCUUACACUGAAGAUGUGCUUUCUUCACACCGUUUGGAAGGACAGCGCAGAUGGAGAUGACUGCUGGUUGAAGUGCACUUGAUUUUGAAUUGCUAUGUUAUUUUUCUGACCUGUUUUUAAAGUGUUAUGUUGAACAAUAAAUGGCUAAGAUGUUAACCUU